AUGAGACUUUCGAAAGUAUGUCUGUCAGAAAUAUACGCGCAGACGCGGAAGAACAUGCUCAUUGGGAAAGAUACGAAAGUAAUAAUUCAAGGUAUGACAGGAAAGCAAGGGACGUUUCACGCUAUGGGAGCAAUGGAUUAUGGUACCCAGGUUGUAGGCGGAGUCACUCCCGGCAAAGGAGGAACCACUCAUCUUGGCCUACCAAUUUUCGACAAUGUCGGAGAAGCCAUGGAAGCAACGGGCGCUGACGCAACCGCUAUUUAUGUUCCUCCUUUUGCCGCGGCUGCUUCAAUAGAAGAAGCAAUCGAGGCAGAGAUUCCUCUGGCAGUAUGCAUUACAGAAGGCAUUCCAGAAAUGGACAUGGUGCGUGUUAAAACUAAACUAGUUCGCCAAGGCAAGACGAGAUUGAUCGGACCCAACUGUCCAGGUAUCAUUCGAGCGGGCCAGUGUAAAAUUGGGAUCAUGCCAGCCGAUAUUCACACGGACGGAAUAAUUGGUAUUGUCUCUAAGUCAGGGACGCUGACUUAUGAAGCCGUGCAGCAGACUACAGAAGUGGGACUCGGACAAACUUACUGUAUUGGAAUAGGAGGCGAUGCAUUUAGUGGAACGAAUUUUAUUGAUGCCCUUGAGCUUUUCCUCGAAGAUCCAAAAACAAGAGGCAUUCUGAUGAUUGGCUUCAUUGCUGGCGUGACUGCACCACCGGGAAGACGGAUGGGACAUGCAGGGGCUAUUAUUUCUGGCGGAAAAGGAACUGCGGCAGCGAAAAUCGCAGCAAUGAAAGAUGCUGGUAUUCAUGUGACAAACUCUCCUGCAAGUAUGGGAAAGACGAUAUUACGCUCGAUUAUCAACAAAUAG